UGAGAGAGUGCCACCGAAGACACGUUGUUGAGUAAGUAAGUGGCUUCCUUCCUUCUUCAAUCUUGGUCCUUCCUAUUCACCGCCAACGCUACUUCACUUUCCGACGUGCUUCUCUCACCAGGAAUUGGCGAGAAUUCAAGGGCCAACGGUAUGCUUGGAUAUAUAAUAAUGGUGGAAUGAAAUGGAAUAAAACAAACUUACUAUACCAUUCUUUGGAUAUUGAAAUGAAUAAAGCUUUCAUUCGACAGUAAACAAAGUAACUGGCGAGGUUCAGCAAUUGCGAGAUUCAUUUCCUCUGAUUUCAGGCUUACAGUUGUGUUACUGGGUCUAAAGAACCAAUCCUGUGGUUUUGAACCAGAUUUCAACGAUGAUUCUUUCUGCUCUUCUAACUUCUGUUGCAAUUAAUCUUGGUCUCUGUCUUUUAUUUUUCACCCUAUACUCUAUAUUGAGAAAGCAGCCUGGUAAUAUCACUGUAUAUGUACCGCGCUUAGUCGCUGAAGGAAAAGUCAAAGAGGGUGGUCAAUUUAACUUGGAGCGGUUGUUACCUACUGCUGGUUGGGUUAGAAAGGCAUGGGAGCCUUCCGAGGAAGAUUUUUUAUCAAAUUCUGGCUUAGAUGCUUUUGUCUUCAUGCGCAUAUUUAUCUUUAGUUUAAAAGUAUUUACUUUUGGUGGAAUUAUUGGGAUGUUCGUUCUACUUCCGAUUAAUUACAUGGGGAGUCAGCUUAGUGAUGAUUCAGAGUUUCAAUACAAGUCUUUGGACUCCUUCAGUAUUUCUAAUGUUAACAAUGGUUCAAACAGGUUAUGGAUCCAUUUUUCUGCUGCAUAUGUUUUUACUGGAGUUGUUUGCUAUCUUCUUUACUACGAGUAUGGGUACAUUGCAUCGAAAAGAAUUGCUUGCUUUUAUUCAUCCGAGCCUCAACCUCAUCAGUUCACGUUAUUAGUCCGUGGUAUUCCUGUUCCACCUGGAAGCACAUGUAGUGAUACUGUUGAGCGCUUUUUCCUGGAGUAUCACCCUUCUACAUAUCUUUCACAUUCAGUGGUCCGUCGAAGCAGUAAACUUCAGAAUCUGAUUACUGAUGCAGAUAAACUGUACAAAAAGCUUACCCAUUUGAAACAAAAAAGUGAUCCUCCAAAAAGGCAGAGGCGUGAAGGGUGUUUGGGACUUUAUGGGCGUAAAGUUGAUAUUUUAGAUCACUACGAAAGGCGACUGGGGGAUAUAGAAGAUAAUGUGAGAAUGGAACAGUCCUCAGCGGCAGCAAAGGAAGUUCCUGCUGCCUUUGUCUCAUUCAAGACACGAUUUGGUGCUGCAACAGCUUUAAACAUUCAAGAAAGUGUCAAUCCUACGGAGUGGAUUACUGAACAAGCUCCUGAGCCUCAAGAUGUUUAUUGGCCUUUCUUCAGUGUUUCAUUCAUUAAAAGAUGGAUCAGCAAGCUGGUGGUUUUUGUUGCAUGUACUUCUCUUACAGUUCUAUUUUUAAUCCCAGUUGCAAUUGUACAAGGUCUUACCCAUCUUGAUCAGUUGGAAACAUGGUUUCCAUUUUUGAAAGGCAUACUAAGAUUGUCAGUUGUGAGCCAGGUUAUAACAGGAUACCUUCCCAGUUUGAUUCUUCAGUUGUUUCUGUCCUUUGUUCCACCUAUUAUGAUCAUGCUUUCAUCCUUGCAAGGAUACAUUUCAUGGAGUCAGAUACAAAAAAGUGCAUGUACUAAAGUAUUAUGGUUUACCAUAUGGAACAUUUUCUUUGCAAAUGUUCUAUCAGGGUCAGCUCUUUAUAGAGUGAACGUCUUUCUUGACCCCAAAGAGAUACCCAGAAUACUGGCUGAAGCUGUUCCAUCACAGGCAUCGUUCUUUAUAGCAUAUGUUGUGACAUCUGGAUGGACUGCUAUAGCAUCAGAACUCUUUCGAUUGACUCAACUUAUUUACAAUUUUGUAAGUAGAAUUUUUUGUAGAAACGGUGAUGACAAUUUUGAGCCCCCAUCUCUUCCUUAUCACAGUGAAAUCCCUCGGAUUCGUCUCUUUGGUCUUCUCGGUGUAACAUACUUCAUCCUUGCUCCACUGAUACUUCCGUUUCUCUUGAUCUACUUUUGUUUGGGAUACAUCAUUUUCCGUAACCAGCUGUUGAAAGUUUAUGUUCCAAGGUAUGAGACUGGAGGACAGUUUUGGCCUACAGUGCAUCACUCCACCAUAUUUUCAUUGAUACUGAUGCAUGUAAUUGCCAUUGGACUUUUUGGUUUAAAGAAGCUUCCUCUAGCAUCAUUGUUGACUCUUCCUCUUCCAAUUCUCACACUCCUAUUCAACGAGUACUGCCAGAAACGGUUUCUCCCUAUAUUCAAGGACUAUCCUGCUGAGUGUUUGAUUAAGAAGGACAGAGCUGACCAAAAUGAUCAUAAUAUGUCUGAGUUUUAUGAUAAGAUGGCUGAUGCAUACAAUGAUCCAGCUCUGAAUCCAAUCAAAUAUUCCGAGAGGCCUGAUAGUCACACCUCUCCACUACUUGCAUAGUUCUGAAGUUUAGUUCAUAACUAAAUAUAUGGCAGCUUGUAAAUUGAUGCUGGUUGCAACUGUAUAUACGGCAGCUUGCCUUCAAUUCAACUUCUUUUCAAGUUUUAUUUAAUUUUCUUUGGUGUAGCUUGUGUGCCGUUUUCUUGUAUAUUGUUAGGAUUGAGAAUUUAUGCUUGUAACGAGAAUGGGAAUGUGGGAACUUUUUGUUGUAAAAUUAUCAGAAUAAGCAAGUGCCUGGGCCUUCUCUCUUGGCAACGGGAGUGUAAACUCGUUCUGGAAACUGCUGCAGUUCCUCCUAAUAGAUGUCUUUCCAACUUCCAAGGGUUUCAA